AUGAUUAAUGGGGGCAUGUACUCGAGCACCUCUUGCUUAAUUGACCUGAAUAUCUUCAGCACUUGCUGGCUAUUGGAAAGCUCAGUGCCAGAUUUUGUUAUACAUUGCAUCUGGGAGAUCUGUCUGCCUGUCAACACCAAAACCCCUCUACAUUCAUACAGAUGUAGCUGCUAAUGGUAACUAGCAUGAAAUCCCAUCCUUACCCCCUUAUUCUUCCAAGGGAUAUGAAAUAGAUACUAACAGCUGC